GUUACGCUAGUUUAACAAUUUAGCUGGAGUAGGGAACAGCGCAGCGGUAGAAAAAUGUUCCGCUCGUUCGUUACCUGACUGGCGAGGUUUAGCUAAAGAGACAACAGCCACAGGAGAGAGGAGGAAAAUGGAAUGAAGAAAAUUACAUCAACAAAACUAUGAGGUUGGAAUUUCCGUGUCUUAAACCAACCGGAGAAGGUGUAGAGCUGUUGUGUUAGCCCGUCUGUCCAACCAACCGCUCCACCAGGUGUAUCAGACCGCCGGGAAUGACUGCACCUUCACAACCUCACCAGGAGUGGGCCCUGGAGGACGACGCCCACAUCAAUCACACAGCCAGGAGCUAGGAGCACCUUCCUUCCUUUAGCUAGGAUAGGCUUCCUUCCUUCCUUUAGCUAGGAUAGGCUUCCUUUCCUCCGUUAGCUAGGAUAGGCUUCCUUCCUUCCUUUAGCUAGGAUAGGCUUCCUUCCUUCCUUUAGCUAGGACAGGCUUCCUUCCUUCCUUUAGCUAGGAUAGGCUUCCUUCCUUCCUUUAGCUAGGAUAGGCUUCCUUCCUUCCUUUAGCUAGGAUAACCUUUCUUAGUUCGCUAGUGUGAAUCCAGUCCUAGGUUGAGAUGCAGCUUUGAUGCUGGUGGUGAUUGGAGAAGAGAGAGCCACAAACCCACAGAAGAGGAUGGCUCAUCAGUUCACCUAAUCAUUACGCUCUAUCCUCACUGUUGCUAACUUGAUUAGUAGUUAUCAGCUCAACCGUUGAAGUCCGCAGGCCUCAUAAAGAGUAUAUUCACACUCACACAUUCAGUACUAGCCCUACACUGUGUGUGGUGACUUGGCUCUCUCCACCUCUCCGUUCCCCUCCACGCCCCCUGCCGGUCUGGUGGAUGUURUGGCGGCUCUGAGGACUGCAUGGCAGUGGCGUAAUCGUGGAGAGGCCAGGGUACCACAAACUUAUGGACUUUGACAAGAGAGGAGGAGGAGGAGGAGGAGGAGGAAAGGGGGAGGCAGAGGAAGGGAAGAGGAUGUCYAAGWCKGGAGGGAGCCGGUCGGGGCAUGGCAGUCGCAGCUCGGGGAGCAACUCCGGGGUGCUCAUGGUGGGCCCUAACUURCGGGUCGGGAAGAAGAUCGGCUGUGGGAACUUUGGAGAGCUUCGCCUGGGGAAGAACCUGUACACUAAUGAAUAUGUGGCCAUCAAACUGGAGCCUAUCAAGUCGCGGGCCCCACAGCUCACCUGGAGUACAGGUUCUAUAAGCAGCUGGGGAGUUCAGG